ACUUUGCCCAUUCAUCGUUUACACGCGAUAGCACGCGCAGUUUUCCCACCAUUCAUUAGAAAAAAAUCGCAUGUAAUUAUUUACAAUUUGUUUCAGCAAAACAAGCAUUGUUUUGUGUAAAUCGUGCAAUUUCUUGGUGUUGAAAGAGUGACGAACAAUUUAGGCAAUAGUUUUCAGUAGAAACUCCGGAACAUAAGUGAGAGGAACGCCACAUUGCCGUGGGUGAAAUUGACUGAAAAACUGAACUUAAUUUGAGAGAAAGACGCCGGCAUUGCAAAAAUGUCUAAAACAGAAGCAGCCGCCGUAGAGGCAACCGAGGAAAACUCUAAUGAGACCACCUCAGAUGCGGCCACCAGCUCAUCCGGCGAGAAGGAGGCCGAGUUCGACAACAAAAUCGAAGCCGAUCGCAGUCGGCGCUUCGAUUUUCUUCUCAAGCAGACAGAGAUUUUUACCCACUUCAUGACCAACAGCGCCAAGAGUCCCACAAAGCCCAAGGGAAGGCCAAAGAAGAACAAGGAUAAGGAAAAGGAUGUGGCUGAUCAUCGACAUCGCAAAACUGAGCAGGAGGAGGAUGAAGAGCUCUUGGCGGAGGAUUCGGCUACCAAGGAGAUCUUUCGCUUUGAUGCUUCUCCUGCCUACAUCAAAAGCGGGGAGAUGCGUGACUAUCAGAUCCGUGGUCUUAACUGGAUGAUUUCGCUGUAUGAGAAUGGCAUCAAUGGUAUCCUGGCCGAUGAAAUGGGUCUGGGGAAAACCUUGCAGACUAUAUCUUUGCUGGGUUACCUUAAGCAUUUCAAAAACCAAGCUGGGCCCCACAUCGUCAUUGUGCCCAAAUCGACUUUACAGAAUUGGGUGAAUGAGUUCAAGAAGUGGUGCCCAUCGCUCAGGGCUGUUUGUCUGAUUGGUGACCAGGACACUCGUAACACCUUUAUUCGAGAUGUGCUCAUGCCGGGCGAGUGGGAUGUUUGCGUGACCUCCUAUGAGAUGUGUAUCCGCGAGAAGUCAGUAUUCAAGAAGUUCAACUGGCGUUAUUUGGUCAUUGACGAGGCUCAUCGCAUUAAGAACGAGAAGUCUAAGCUCUCGGAGAUUCUGCGAGAGUUCAAAACCGCUAAUCGUCUACUUAUUACGGGAACUCCGCUGCAGAAUAAUCUCCAUGAGCUCUGGGCACUACUCAAUUUCCUGCUGCCCGACGUGUUUAACUCAUCGGAGGACUUUGAUGAGUGGUUCAACACAAACACUUGCUUGGGUGAUGACGCUUUAAUAACUCGCCUGCACGCUGUUCUAAAGCCUUUCCUGCUGCGUCGUUUAAAGGCCGAGGUGGAAAAGCGCUUGAAGCCCAAGAAGGAAAUGAAGAUUUUUGUGGGUCUGUCCAAGAUGCAGCGCGACUGGUACACCAAAGUUCUGCUCAAGGACAUCGAUGUGGUGAAUGGUGCCGGCAAGGUGGAGAAGAUGCGGCUGCAGAACAUCCUCAUGCAGCUUCGCAAGUGUACCAACCACCCGUAUCUGUUCGAUGGCGCAGAGCCUGGACCGCCGUACACCACGGACACCCAUUUGGUCUACAACUCCGGCAAGAUGGCCAUUCUAGACAAGCUGCUGCCCAAGCUGCAGGAGCAGGGAUCGCGUGUGCUGAUUUUCUCACAGAUGACAAGAAUGUUGGACAUACUGGAGGAUUAUUGCCACUGGCGCAACUACAACUACUGCCGACUUGACGGUCAAACGCCACACGAGGAUCGUAAUAGGCAGAUCCAGGAGUUCAACAUGGACAACAGUGCCAAGUUCCUCUUUAUGUUGUCCACUCGAGCUGGUGGUUUGGGCAUCAACUUGGCAACUGCUGAUGUGGUCAUUAUUUACGACUCGGACUGGAACCCGCAGAUGGAUUUGCAGGCUAUGGAUCGUGCUCAUCGUAUUGGUCAGAAGAAGCAAGUGCGCGUUUUCCGCUUGAUCACCGAAAGUACCGUCGAGGAGAAGAUCGUCGAGCGCGCUGAAGUUAAGCUGCGUCUGGACAAGAUGGUCAUCCAGGGUGGUCGGUUGGUUGACAAUCGCUCCAACCAGUUGAACAAAGACGAGAUGCUUAAUAUUAUUCGUUUUGGAGCUAACCAAGUGUUCAGCUCGAAGGAGACUGACAUAACCGACGAGGAUAUUGACGUGAUUCUGGAGCGUGGUGAGGCUAAAACAGCCGAACAGAAGGCAACUCUGGACAGUCUCGGCGAGAGCUCGCUGCGUACAUUUACCAUGGACACAAACGGCGAGGCAGGCACAUCCUCUGUUUAUCAAUUCGAGGGCGAGGAUUGGCGAGAGAAGCAGAAGCUCAACGCCCUGGGCAACUGGAUCGAGCCACCGAAGCGAGAACGCAAAGCCAACUAUGCCGUGGACGCCUAUUUCCGGGAGGCACUUCGCGUUUCUGAGCCGAAGGCCCCGAAGGCUCCCCGCCCACCCAAGCAGCCCAUCGUCCAGGACUUCCAGUUCUUCCCGCCCCGUCUUUUUGAGCUGCUCGACCAGGAGAUCUACUACUUCCGCAAGACCGUCGGUUACAAGGUGCCCAAGAACACGGAGCUGGGCUCGGAGGCCACCAAGGUGCAGCGCGAGGAGCAGCGCAAGAUCGAUGAGGCGGAGCCGCUCACCGAUGAGGAGAUCCUGGAGAAGGAGAACCUGCUUUCCCAGGGUUUCACAGCCUGGACCAAGCGCGACUUCAAUCAGUUCAUCAAGGCCAACGAGAAGUACGGUCGCGAUGACAUCGACAACAUUGCCAAGGACGUAGAGGGAAAGACACCCGAGGAGGUCAUCGAGUACAACGCAGUGUUUUGGGAGCGUUGCACUGAAUUGCAGGACAUUGAGCGAAUCAUGGGUCAGAUUGAGCGCGGAGAGGGAAAGAUUCAGCGGCGACUUUCUAUUAAAAAGGCUUUGGAUCAAAAGAUGUCGCGUUAUCGCGCUCCCUUUCAUCAGUUGCGUCUGCAAUAUGGCAAUAACAAGGGCAAGAAUUACACUGAAAUUGAGGAUCGUUUUCUGGUUUGCAUGCUGCAUAAGUUAGGUUUUGACAAGGAGAAUGUCUACGAGGAGCUGAGGGCGGCCAUUAGAGCUUCUCCCCAGUUCCGUUUCGAUUGGUUCAUCAAAUCUCGCACAGCUUUGGAGUUGCAGCGUCGUUGUAAUACUUUAAUUACUCUCAUUGAGCGUGAGAACAUCGAGUUGGAGGAGAAGGAGCGCGCUGAGAAGAAGAAGAAGGCUCCCAAGGGCAGCGUGUCUGCUGGCAGUGGAAGUGCCAGCUCCAAUACCCCAGCACCUGCGCCGCAACCGAAGGCCAAUCAGAAGCGGAAGAGCGAGGUGGUGGCCACCAGUUCCAACUCGAAAAAGAAGAAGAAGUAGAGGGCAAAAGGGCGAGGAUAAUCACUUGAGAUUCGGAUCCACACUCAGCAUUAGGCAGUUACAUAGUUAAGACAAGCGAUUACUUAAACAUAUUUCACUCGACAUAGAUACAUAGUUCGUAAUUCAGACCGGAAGCAAUUGCCCCUCAGCCCUGAGAAGAUCUUUUUAAACACACCCGCCUACACAUCCAACUAUAUUAUUACUGCUCGCCGCUGUAUUCUAUUCCAAGUAAUUGUAUUUUGUUUUAAGAUCAUAACCAUUAUAUUUAUAUAUUGCUACACAGAGA